CAAAGAGCAUCCAACCAGGGGAGCCCUAUUGACAUUUGAGUAGCUUUUGUUUAUAACCAAGCAUGGUAUCAACGAAAUCCAGCCCAGACCUGCCAGAGUCUAUCCAACUUCGAGAUCGCAAUCAGCGUGAAGAAUCCAGACCUGAGAACAGCAAUUCCUUCCAAUCGGCAGCAGCUUCAAAAGCAACUCUUCGCAGACGUAGGCAAUACAAACCCCCCAUCGGAGCCAUGUCUUUGGUCGCAAUCAAGAACCUAUUCUACCAUCGCAAGCUGGUACCAGACAGCCAGGGCUUGCCUUCUUCAAUCACGCCCCUUCUGCCCCAUGAGGCGCGCGAGUCAGAUGUCGAGUCUCAACAUACCGCGGUAACUGAAAACCCUUUCAACAAUAUUCGUACAGGACUUGGUCCAGUCGUAAAGGACUGCACAAUUGGUCUCGCAGAUGGCCUCACAGUUCCAUUUGCUUUGACGGCUGGCCUCUCUGCUAUUGGAAGAACAGAUGUAGUCAUUUAUGGUGGAAUCGCAGAGAUCUUUGCUGGUGCCAUCUCGAUGGGCUUGGGAGGAUGGUUGGGUACGAAGAGUGAGGUGUAAGUUUUCAAGCUUCCUUGGCCAAUUCAUCGUGAGCUAACUCCCAACAGAGCAGAAUACGCAGCCGUCGAGAGGGAGGUUACAGAGCUCGUUCACGACAGAGCCGAGCAUAUCCCCAACACCAUCAAGGACAUUUUGGAGGAGUACAACUUUCCUGAGGAGCUUGUUGGAACCAUCACCUCUAACCUCAUGUCGACCACCGCCACCAAGGGUGAAGAGGAGAAGAAGGCAAAUCUCGUCAAGUUUCUGAUGGGAUUUAAAUAUGGUCUCUCCAAGCCCGACGAGUCGCGCGCCCUCAAGUCCGCUGGCACCAUCGGUCUCUCAUAUCUCAUCGGUGGCGGCCUGCCACUUCUUCCAUACGCCUGCGUGGCGCCUGAUCAAGUUUUUAAGGCUUUGAUUAUCUCCGUCGGUAUCAUGGUGCUCGCGCUAUUUGCGUUCGGCUAUUCCAAGACAUGUGUUUUCUUGGGAUGGAAAGGCGGAGCCAAUAUCAAGGCUGGCUGUUAUGGUGGCAUCCAAAUGGUCUGCCUUGGAGGUUUGGCUGCAGCAGUAGCGAUGGCGCUCGUAAAGGGGAUGAAUGUUCAUAGCGAAUAGGAGUUUGUAUUUGCGCUUCUAAUGAUGCAAAAGAGUUAUGAGGCGUCUUGGAGGGUUGGGAGCGUAUUGUAUUUGGCUUUGGUGUCUGGCGUCGUUCUGCAAGCUCUCAUGGUUCGAUUGAGCAUUUAGUUUGGAGUUCAGGAAGAUGCCAGCGAGCAUAAAAAUUGGGAUUGGGAAUAAUGAGCAUUUUGAGUUGUUGAACAGCUUCACAGUACAGAGUCGUAGGAAUAAUAAAACGAUGAUAUGUCUGUCCACUUUGCUUGCGAUUGAAUUUGGUGAG